UGAGACACCAGUUAUAAAAGUAGCCAGCCGUAUCUACACCUCUUCACUCAUUCACAAACAUGGCCUCCAUUCCCAACCUCUCUGCUCACCAACACCACACCGAAGCUCUCCCCGAGCACCACGUCCACAAGGACUCGGAUCCGCUCCCUGGUGCGCGCGGCGCGGCGCCCGCAGUCGAUUACAGCCCGGAGACGAUGGAGCGUCUGCCCAGCUCCGUGUGGCAGGACGCCGACCCCACGAAACCGACACGUGAGCUGUCUGAAAUCGGCACCUCCAGGCCGACCGCGACGACCACGACGCGCGACUCCGAGCCCCAUUCGGGACGGGACGCCUUCAGCGAGAAGCGGCCCGAUUCGACGGAUCUGAGGGACUCGUCUACCGCUGCUGCUGGACCUACGACCACCCAUGAUCAUCACCAUGAUUCCGGGAUUCACGACCACGCUAGCAAACCCAGCGCUGCGGAUAAGAUGAUUGGUACAGCACAGAAGCUCGUCGGCAAGGUCACAAAGAAACCGGAGAUGGAGGAGAAAGGACAGAUUCGCGCUUCUGAGGGUAAAGCCGCUGCGGCUUCGAUUCACUAGGUCUUUUUAUGCCCUGACUUACAAUUGUACACUGUAUCAUAACAUGCUUCUACCAACGCAUGCAAGCCACUGGAAUACCCUGAAUACUGCAAGCCUGCUUGCUUACAUACACUGACAUCACGAUCACAUGACACUCUCUCUCUCUCUCUCUCCCAUCUUACGAUACGUAUCGCACUAGAGAA